GGCUGCUGGGGUUGGGGGCCUCUGGGGGCCCCGUGACAUCGUCCCCCAAGCUGUAGAACCCACUGAACGUAACUUUGAAAGUGCCACUUCUCCGUCGCCACAGCCCCAGCCACCAUGUCUCCGGCCUACCUCUCCCCGCCCUGUCUCUGGAAAUUUCCUUUGGGAGGAUUUGGGAGCCCAGCCAGCCCCUCCCUGCCCCUGCCUGCCCCCUCACCUCCUCGUGCCUCGGAGGGAGCCCCUCCGCUCACACUAGGGUUUCUCUUGUGACUGGGGUAAAUAUUACCCGGCACUGUUAAUGUUUAAUGCCCCCACCUCACCCCUGGCCACCCCAUGGCCCGGCACUCUCCCCAAAGCAGAGGCAGAAGAGGGCAGUGGAGACCAGCCCAGGCCGCUAGGGAAAUGGCAGGGCUAUUGGCGGACAACGGUGGCGACCCCAAAGGGGACGUGGACCCAUUCUACUACGGUAGGCCUGACUACGAGACCGUCCGCAAUGGAGGCCUGAUCUUUGCUGCCCUGGCCUUUGUCGUGGGGCUCAUCAUCAUCCUCAGCAAAAGACUCCGCUGUGGGGGCAGAAAGAAACACCGGCAAGUCAACGAAGAUGAGCUGUAAUGAUGGAGUCUGCCGUGCCCCCGUUGCACUGGGGUCAUUGGGAAGCCUUCUCUGAGCUGUAGACCUUUGUCCCCAGCACUGCCAGGCCCUCGGCUGAAGGAAGCGCCAGGCUCCGUGUGACCCCUGGGUGCACAUGGCCUCCUCCCACCUCUCGGCCACCUCCUGUUAAUAAUAAAGCCAGCCUCAGAGAUGGCUCCUUC